AUGACUUUAGAUUCAGCAUCAAUUUUUGAGGAUUGUGAUGUGUCAUUGGAGCUCUCUAUGGAAAAUAGCAACGCUGAUAGAGUGAUUCGAGGCUGCAAAUCUGUGCCUGGGACUGCUCCUAUUCUGUCAGCUGUGAAUGGUAAAGCCAUGGUAUGGCUGACAAGGAAGGCGUAUGAUGAUAACGGUUACUGGUUUCAAGUUAAAAUUACAGCAUUGAGAACUGAGAUGCAAGGAAAUCAGGAUACUGCCAGCACAGGCGAUAUUGGAAAAAUUAUUGGAAUAACUGUUGGAAUUAUUGUUUUUCUUGUGAUUUUAAUAAUCAUAUGUAUAUGUUGCUACAAAAGACGAAAUGCUAACGAAAAGCCACAGGAAAACAAAAAUGGCAAAUUAAAUGACAAACUGGAUAAUUCUCUAUCCCCUUAUGUAGGCCAUGGGUAUGAAAACAACAUGGCCAAACUCAGUUAUGAAGACUCAUUUCAUCAGUCGCCAGGUUCUGACAGAAAAUUACUAAGCAGUGAUCAGAAGUCAAAAUCUGCACUUGAAAGAUUUGGGGAUACCUCAGCACGUAAGGAGAAGUCGGAAGGGGUUGAUGCAACACCAAAAAGAGACAGACACCAGAAUCAUGGUUUUAAUAGAAACGAAACCAAUUUUGGUCAGGAUGUUGGAAGGAAUGUUUCUAAGCAAAGAUUUGCAGAUGAAUGUUUGGAAAGAGCAUCUGAUCAGAGCUCGCUGACAGAUUUAUCAUCACUUGCUGUAGCAAGUAAGCCUGUAAGCACACAGAAAUCAAUGCAAGAUUCAAAAUCAUCUCCAAAGCCUUCAGGUUUGCGCAGACCAAGAGAGAACAAGUCUGAUUCCAAUCAGUAUCAGCCUUCUGCUACAUCAGAAUUUGAUAGAUACAAAGAUGGAAAAGACGAGGACAGAAGUUAUAAAUCAAAUAAGAAUCUCAGCUCAGACAAGUAUGAUGCAGGGUGGGAGAAGUCUCAAAGGAAACCUGAUGAGAAGAGGAGACAUAAUGAUUAUGAAGAAUAUGAUAAUGAAGAGAGAAUAAGAGAUAGGGGGCCUAAAGCUGACAGGAAAUUACGUAAUUAUAGUCAAGAUGAUGAUGAUAGUGAUCAGAUGGAAGAUACUCGGAAGAAUAAGAAAAGAAGUGAAAGCUCAGAUAAGCAUGAUGUAAGUUGGGAAAAAUCGCAAAGGAGACCUGACGAGAAGAGAAGACAUAAUGAGUAUGAUAACGAAGAUAAAAAAAGAGAAAAGGAAAUUCAAAAGAAGAAAAGUGAACGUGAUGGUAGGUCUCAUAGCAGAGAAGAUGUUAGAGAGCAUGAAGGAAGAUUUAUAAAAUCCGCGAGUGGCCGUAAACCCAAGAGCAAAAAUCCCAAGAUGGGGAGAUCAAGAAGCACAGGUAAUGCACUAGAUGACUUGUACUCGGAUGAUGGGAAAAUGCAACCUAAAUCAUCCAGUGUUAGAUCUCUCAGCGUCAUGGAUGAUGAUGACACUGAACUGGACAGCAACUAUCAGCCCUUCAAGCGAUCUGGCUCUAAGACUUCACUGUAUGCUUCACGCUCAUCUCUGUAUGGUAGAAGACGUAAGAAUUCAAUGGGUGAAACAAUGUCCAUGUCUUCUUAUGCACUGUCUUCGUAUGUACAUGAUGAUCUGGACUCACGUGUGGGAGACUUUGAUAGUUCAUUGUUGUCUCAUAAGGAGAAGGAGCGGCUGUUCAAGUCUACAGGAGACUUGAAUGUUAGCUCUGCUAUCAUUGUCCGUGAAUGUGCAACACAGACUGGAAGCAGCAAAGAAGUCUCUGUCUAUGGGAAGAGAACUGUUCCACAAAGGAAACACGGAAAACGCUAUAACCGUGGUACUCAGACGACACGACAAAGAAGAGAUUCAGGAGCAUCUGAAAAAUCUGGGAGGUCUGAGAGAUCUGGAAAGUCAGUGAGAUCAAACCGAAAUCUACGGUCAAAAAGCAGAAGUAAGGAAAGUCUGAGCAGGAGACAUCGUUCAAGAUCCAGAGAUUUAAGUGAUGAUGACACCAACCAGUACCACAGUCGCUCAAAGUCAAACCAAAGAGAGAAAUAUACCAGUGACAGAAAUGGGAAAAGUUCACGAAAUAAAUCCAAAGAAAGAUCACAUUCCAGGCAGAGACAUAGAGAUCACAGUGAAAGCGAAGAUGAACAGUCUCAAUAUUCUUCAAAAUCUUAUGAAACAAACAAGACUGAACAGAAUUCCCAACUUAGUUUUGCCCCAUACAGCAGUGUUCCUGCUCAACAUGCUCAUCAGUAUGGCCAGCAAAUACCUCAGUUUCUUCCAGCAGGCUACCCUCCAGCAGGCUACCCAAUGGUCAUUCAACAACCCACAACUGCCUUCAUAUCCACUGAUCAGAAUGGGAUGCCUGUCAUAAUUCCUGUAACGUCUCUGACCGAGCGUGCCAUACAACAAAAGCCUGCUGUACCUGUAAAACCAAAUGCAUCCAAGUGGGACCAGCUGGUGAAUAUCACAGAUGACAUAAAGAAAAGACGACAUCAAAUGGGGGAAUCCUUGGAAACUGAGUCGGUGAUGAGUUCAGUAUGGAGUCAGCCUCGGGUUCACCGUUCUGAAUCACCUUACACAAAAACCCAGAAGAUGCAGGGAUCUGAUCGUAUCUAUGGUUCACAGUAUGCGGCAGCUUAUGAUGUAGGGACACCAGACAGUGAAUACACUGUUGGCUACAGCAGAAACUAUUCUGCAACAGACAGCAGUGUGUGA